UAGCCGCACGCGCCGGGCGCGAGAGGGUUGCUGGCUGAGGGAGCGCUGUCGGGUCAGUGCCGGGGCGGCGCUCGUUGAUCUUAUGAAUUCCAAAAUGAAACAGAAACUGGCGGCAGAAAAGUCUUCAGGAUCUUUGCAGCAGUACCUCACAGAUACCACAAGCAGUGCUGCCCCGAGACAGACUCUUAAAAUGAUUCAACCUUCAGCAGCRGGUAGCCUGGUUGGCAGACGAAAUGAGAAGAAAUCUUCAGUCAGAAGGAAACUCUGGAAUAACAAGYUUGCCUCAAAGGCUUAUAAAUCUGAGGUGUCUGUGGACAAGGAGCAAGACAAUGAGAAUGAUGUCAUUCAAGCUGUAGAUCUCAUGAAAGGAAGUCCUUCAUCUCARUAUUGGAAAGAAGUGGCUGAAGAGAGGAGGAAGGCUCUAUAUGAAGUGCUUCAAGAAAAUGAAAAGCUGCACAAAGAAAUCGAGCAGAAGGAUGGUGAAAUUGCCCGCCUAAAAGAAGAAAAUGAAGAGCUCAUGUCCCUUGCUGAACACGUGCAUUAUAUGACCACUGUGAUWGAGAGGUUAACUGGGCAAGCACCUGACAAUCUUGAGACACUGGAGAGUCUGGCUCUAGAGGAAUCCAGACAGGAAAAUAAAGAGCAUAAUUGUGAAGAUGAGGCAGACAGCCCUUCUGAAGAAGUGCCAUCGCAGGAAUCGUCUGGCUUAAGGGAGARUAGAUCAGAUCUUCCUUCAAAGGAAGCAGAUCAUUUGCAACUGGAAUGACAACCUUUAAAUAGGCUUAUGUAUGUGGCUUUUAAUUGCAGACUUCCUCUUGAAAGGGUAUACUAAACCUCAGGUACAGAAACUCUURUGGGAACAUUACAGAUGUUGGUAUUUUGAACUGGAAUUAUGUCAGUGGGAGUAUCUGAAUACUGCAUGGAAAAUUUUCUACARGCUGCAUGUAGUUGCUUGUAUGAAAUGCAAAUACUGUGUAUUUCAACUGUUGUGUAAGUAUCUUUAUCAGUUGGUCUGACAUGAUACAUGAAAAUUGAUAAAUAAAUMUUUGUAUUACCAAAAUAGCCUCCCAAUUGACAGGGGAGUGGCUAAUCCUAGGUUUAAAUCAAUUGUGUCUACUGUAAAUGGAACCUUUACAGUUUCUUGGGAGUGCCUGGCAAUUUUUGUUCUUCAGAAUUCUGCAAAUCUGAACAGAAUUAAAGUAAUUUUUUUUUGAUGGAUAGAGUGGCAGAAAAGCAAAAGCUUGUGUGCUGAUGGUGAGRCUUCAGAAAGUCAAGAAUGGGUAAUAAGUCCWCAUCGGRAGUUCAGUUAGAUUUAUGAUUUUUCAAGUUUUUAAAAAUAAUUUCCUCUACCUUUUAAAGAAAUGUUUUGCAUCUUGUGUAAUAAGAGCUUAAGUAGGAAGUAUUAGACCAUUUCUUGUAGUAAUACUUUCAUUGGUUUAUGACGAGAAUGUGGUGUGUUCUUGGUCCUGGUAGCAGCUGUGCUGGAAACUAGGUGGAGACAAAGCCCAUACUUCAGAGCUAUUCUGAAAGUAAACUCAGGGUGCUUUCAGGGUACUGCUCUGUUAAUUUGCAAGAGCUGAGACACCCUUUUGCCAAGGUACUUGUGUUCUGAAGGGUUUACAGCAAGAGAAAGCUGUCUUUAAAAGCUUGAGCAUCUUGUCUGGCAUCUGUAUGGAGUGGGAUGGGGCAGGAGAGUAGGUUGGAUACARGUUUUCCAGUACUGAGUGAACUCAGCAGUUGUUCUGUAACAAGGUCUUCUAAGGAGAGGCUUUAACAAUGCUGGCUGUUGCUGUAUCUUGAGAGGAGAUUAAAGUUGAGUGGCUUUCAAGAAGCAGAAGUGGUCAGAAGGAUCCUGGUUCAUGGAUAUUGCUUCAGGGUAUGUGUGAA